GGAGACCUAUUCUAGACCGCGGAGUAAAAUUUCGGGCUUAUUCUGAGGUUGGCAAAUCAGCAGUCAUUCUCGGAAAGUUUUGAGGCCAACAGCAUCAACAGUGGACGUAGAUCUCCGCAAGUUCCACAUGUAUUAUUACAACUUUAACUUUCUUGUGAAAAUUAUUCAGUCUAGGAGUCUAUAUUAUGGAUAAGGAAGAUAUCCACAAAACUGCAAUAGCCGCUGAGCUUUACUUUCUCAUCGCCAAAUUUUUGGAAGCCGGGCCUUGCAGUGAAACUUCUAAGGUGCUGAAGGAGGAGUUGGUCAAGUAUGAGAUUUUGCCCAAAAGGUUGGACUGGGAAGGUUCGGAGCACAAUCAGUCUUUCGAUGAAGUGAAACAAAAAUUCACGCACAUAGGUGCUAAUCACUUAGUAUCAAUAUGUCAAAGGAUUGGGCCAAUUCUUGACAAAGAAAUAAAACCAACUGUCAGUGGUCUGAACUCUCUCCUAGGUGCUGGUAGGCAGUCUUUACUACGAACAGUUCAUGAUGUUUGCCGGAAGUGGUUUCCAGUUCAAGAUUAUUCCGUCCGACUUAAUUCUAGACCGUUGUGUGAACCUGUUGGCUUUAAAUGUCACAACUUAGUCAAGGUGUUGCAAGGCAGGGAAAAUUCAGGCCCUCUCUCACGGCGGCAAGUAACAAUUCCUGCAUUCUAUUCCAGACUGCAACAACUUUGCUGUACGCUUGGACAUCUCUCAGCUGUUUAUUGCCUCUUGUUUGACAACACAGGAAAUUAUGUCAUAACAGGUGCUGAUGACCUGUUGGUGAAGGUUUGGAGUGUGAAAGAUGGACGUCUUUUGGCAACAUUAAGAGGCGCCUCAACUGAAAUUACAGACAUUGCUGUAAACACUGAAAACACCUUGCUUGCAGCCGGCAGUGUAGACAAAAUUCUCCGAGUAUGGUGUCUUCAGACUGGGUAUCCUGUUGCUGUUCUAACUGGACACUCGGGGAUGAUCACAGGUGUCAAUUUCUGUCCCACAAUCGUGAAUGGUGUUCACUAUUUAGUUUCUACAAGUACAGAUGGAUCUGUAGCUUUUUGGAGUUAUUCAACAAGUGCUUCAAAAGAAACAACUUUUCUGCCCAAGCCCAUUUUGUACAACGAAAAAAUGAGGCCUGGCAAUGCUCAAAUGAUUUGCUCAGGUUUUUCACCUGGUGGAAUGUUUUUAGCUGCAGGGAGUGGAGAUCACCACGUCCGAAUUUACAAAAUGGAUGAGCCGGAAGGUCCAACACGAGUUCUGGAAAUCGAAGCUCACUCAGAUCGUGUGGACAGUAUACAGUGGGCUCAUUCACACCUUAGGUUUAUUUCUGGCUCCAAAGACGGUACCGCUAACAUUUGGUACUAUUCACGACAACAGUGGAAGAAUAUUCAGCUGAUGAUGAACAAAAAAUUAUCUGGCGAAUCUGAAGAUGACGCAAAACUCAUUAAGUUCCUAAGAGUGACCAUGGUAAGCUGGGAUGUGUCUGACAAAUGGGUUAUAACGGCAGUUGCUGACCAUACGCUCAAAAUUUGGAAUUCCUUCACGGGUGAUUUAAUUCAAGUGCUCAAAGGACAUUCCGAUGAAGUUUAUUGUGUCGAAUCUCAUCCGCAUGAUUCGAGAUUACUCCUAAGUGCCGGUCAUGAUGGUCAGUUAUUCCUUUGGGACAUUUUAACCGGUGAAAAAAUAAGUCAUUUCCAAAAUGCAAUAGAAGGACAGGGCUUUGGAGCAAUAUUUGAUGCUAAAUGGUCACCAAAUGGGACUAUGAUGGCUGCAACCGACUCCCAUGGCCAAAUUUUAAUGUACGCUCUAAGCGUUAGUGAUUCUGAAAGACAGGUACCUCGAGAGUUGUUCUUUCACACUGAUUACCGACCCUUGAUCCGUGAUGCACAGCACAACGUUCUUGACGAACAAACCAACAUAGCGCCGCACCUAAUGGCACCUCCGUUUUUAGUAGACAUAGAAGGCAACCCGUACCCUCCGUGGCUACAAAGGCUUGUUCCCGGCAGAGAACUUUGCACUGCUGAUCAGCUCAUUCCCAACAUAAUUUUCAAUGCCUCUGGUCAGCAAGAAGUAAUUGAAGGCUUGCAUGAACCGCAACAAAAUCUAGAUCGAAUUAUUCAAGUUUUAGAUGCCCGAAUCCAGAAUUUGGAACAAGGCGCCAGGUCGAGAAUCUCUCCAACUCCUCGUGUUCAUCAAGGUCCAAGGCGAUCUGGGGACAUAGAGGGUGUGCGACAGUCGUCCGGUAACUGGCAGCAGAAGGGUUUCCAUUGGUCUCAACGACAGCUUUGUGAGCCGCUAGAUCCAGCAUCUCUCAAACAGAAGUCUGAAAGGAUACGAUUUUAUGCUGGCCUAGAAUUGGAUCAAUAUAGGCGAGAAUCAAAGCGCCCACCAGAAGUUGUCACCCCUGUGCAACCUGUAUUAGUGAAGAAACGCGUGAAGAGAAAUCAUAACUAUCGAACUCGAGCAGCGCAUGAAGAGCAGCUCAGUAGUCAGUUUGAGGAUCCCUCGAAUCUCAAUCUUGGCGGCAGUGACUCAGGGAAUGAUAGUGCUCAAAUUAUUUCAUCCGCCUAUGAAUCCGAAGAUAACGAUUCAGGAUCAUCCUCAGACUCCUCCAGUUCUUCCGUGUAUUCAGACUGGAUAGCAGAUAAUCAAAUCAACUUGGAGCCUCCAAAGCGGUCUCGUCAGAGGAGGCCUCCACCCAAGAAAAAGAAAGCAGAAACAAUGCCACCAAUCGUCAAAAAUCAACUGCCGCAGGAAGUUCCAGAAAUUUUCCGUCCUCCAGAAUGGUUAUCAGAAGUUAUUCCUAAAAAAUCACCUUACUAUCCGCAAAUGGGUGACGAACUGGUGUUUUUCAAACAAGGGUACCUGCUGUAUCUUGAAGCUGUCAAGGUCAAGAAUGUAUAUCCUGUGAACGAUCGAAUGGCGAAUCCCUGGGGGAAAUUACAGAUGAAGGAACCUGAACUAGUGAAAGUAGUCGGAAUCAGGUAUGAAAUUAAACCUCCGCGGCUGUGUUGCCUCCGAUUUGCGAUUAUGAAACAGAAUGGGCGCUUAACCAAUGACAUGUUUACCAUUAAAUACCAUGAUAUGCCUGAUGUGAUAGACUUUUUAGUCCUCCGGCAAACAUAUGAUACUGCUCUUGCCAGGCAGUGGAAAGUUGGUGAUAGAUUCCGAAGUAUGAUUGAUGACGCCUGGUGGUGGGGAACCAUAGAAUCUAGGCGUACCGACCAAAAUCGACUGAAUUCGCCUUUCCUCUGUUUCCGUGUUCUUUGGGACAACAAUGAGCGUGAAAAUUUGAGUCCAUGGGACUUGGAACCCUGUGAUCCAGACUGUGAGCCUGACGAACGCGGAGGUUCAGCGCCAGUCUUACCAGAAGAAAUCGAGGCAAUCUUGUACCAUCCCCGUCCGACUGAGUGGCCUCAUGGUGACAGGGAGGGAGCUUGUCAACGCAUCCUUCACGGGCUCAACCAAGUGAUGACCAUGUCGAUAGCUGAACCAUUUUUAGUGCCUGUCGAUAUCAGUCAAUAUCCUACUUACGCGUAUAUUGUCGAGUAUCCUCUAGAUCUUUCAACAAUCAAAGCAAGGUUUGAGAACCAGUUUUACCGGAGAGUAACAGCAGCACAAUUUGAUGUUCGGUAUCUAGCGACUAAUGCUGAAAAAUUCAACGAGCCUCACAGUACUAUUGUCAAGAAUGCCAGAAUAAUAACAGACAUCUGUCUUAGGAUAAUCAAGGAAUUAGUGGAAGUUGACGUACCUUCUCUCUACCGCCAAUUACAAGAAUCGUAUCAUUCGUCAGACUCGGAGGACGAAAAAGUUACGUUAACCUCAACUAGAUUAAGACCUAGCACAUCAGCAUCUCGACAUUCAGUUCGGCGAAGGAAUGGAUUGAGGCAGCCUUUCGAGUGGAGGAAAGAGUGCAAAAUUUUACUCGAGAAAUUAUGGGCUUCUAAAGACAGUGAACCUUUCAGAGAGCCAGUGGAUCGGCUUGUGCAUCCAGACUAUGAUAAAAUCAUUAAUACCCCAAUGGACCUGGGUACAGUUAGGGAUGAACUGAGUGUAGGGAAUUAUGAGAAUCCUAAUGAAUUUUGUAAAGACAUAAGACGAAUUUUUGAAAAUGCUAAAAGCUACACUCCUGACAAGCACACCAAAAUUUAUUCCAUGACCGUCCGAUUAUCUGCGUUAGCUGAGGAACAUCUGAAACGGAUAACAAACUGCUGGAAGAAUCAGCAGCAUACUAGAUCAAGAACAAGGCUAAAUGGUGCUGUUAAUUCACAAGCUCGAUCGUCCAGAAGAAUCAUCAAUAGUAGAAAGAGAUCAACAACAAGCCCUCAACCUGGCACAAGUAGAGAUGUUCCAAAUCCAUUAGAUUGUGAACCAACCUCAUCUGGCAUCAGAGUAUUAAGGCCAAAACGUGUUGUCAAACAAGACAGUGAUGACAGUAACACCUCAGGGAGCAGUGAUAGUUCAGGGAGUGGAAGUGAUAGUGAUAGUGAGAGCGAGAGUUCAGCCAGUGAUAGCGAAGAAAAAUCCAGCUCUAAUCAACCGAAAAACAAAAUAAUUCCUCAGAAAGGACGCAAACGGCUCAAAUCCUCCAGCCCUGAGGAAGUACACCAAAAUCACGAAGCAGACUCAUCUCGUGUUCGGACCAGAGGCGUGAGGCAAAACUAUGCUGUCAUGAUGAAAUCGGAAGAAAGCGACGUCAGUGAUGAAGUGAUCACAGUCAACAAAAGACAACCGCCCAAAAAACAUUCGCCCCUUAAAAGCUCCAAUUCAAAAGCAGCAACAUCUCUUAGAGCCGUGCGCAGGGUGCGGAACUGCAGUAGCGAAAACUCGAUGAACUCGAUCUCCAAUAGUGGAACUAGUGAAAGUGCGUCACAACUCACCUUCCAAGGCAGUUUAGAAUCUAAUUCACGAACUAGAACGCCUCAGAAACGGAAACGGAGAAAGAUUUUAAUUUCAGAUAGUGAUGAUAGUGAGCCUAGCAGUCGGAGGCCUCAACGAGGCAAGAGGAAAAAUUAUGAUGAACAUAGUGAUGCUAGUAGUACUGCUGAAAGAAACGGUCACUCGGACAGUGACGAGAAUCAGCCAGCAAUUUCAAUGAGUAGCCGGGGUCGCGUACGCAAACUGACGGCUAAAGCAAGAGCCUGUUUUCGCGACAGAUAGAGUUUGAUACCCCCUUCCCCGCCUUCGCCCUCAGAUGAAAUCAUAGUAGGGCUCCCCCUUGAUAGUUUCCCACAACUCGAAGACUGAUUUUUUUCAUUUCUUAUUAGUAAUGUUUAAAAUUUUUAUGUGAGGUUGAUUCAGUAUUUUAGGAAGUGUACUCUUUCAUUAGCAUAUCAAUAUCAUUACUUCUGAUUUUGUUUUAUCAUGUAAAGGCAUCAUGCGAUUUGACAGUUCUUCUCAGAUGAUCUUGUCACAAGUAAAUCCAUGAUUUUCUACCUGAAGUAAUGUAGGGACCAAAAGUGUCCUUUGGUUUAGAACAAGGUUUUUUUCUGAAAACUAAGUGUAAAAAAUAUAUUUGGAAGGGAUUUAAAACGCCUGUUGAAGCUGUUCAAUUUCGGAAUGAGAAGCAAUGCACGCUAGAUAAAUUUUCAAUGAAAAUGUAGAAGCAGAAUCUCUGUUUUUACUGGAAAUGAAAAAGAUUCCUGUAAUAUAGUUCUCAUCAACAUAUCCGACAAGCUGAAAACUCAGGUAAGCCCUCGCAUAGGUAGCCAUUUUAUUUAAAUUUUUUAAUUAAUGGAAGGUACACAUUUUCAAUAAAUGCUGAAUUUUCCUAACAGAGUCUAUUUCAAACCAUUCAAGUUUUUAAAUUUAACAGCGUAAUCUGGAAUUGUCAUACGUUAAGUGUGGGCAUGGAAAUGCUCAUGGUAUGGUUGUAUGAGGUUAGAGAAAUCUUUAAAAACGGGUAGUAACAAUCAGUCUGUUAUUUUUAAUGAACUCGCGGGAAAGGGGGAGGGGGUAUCAACCUGAAAUAAAAUUGUAAAUCCCUGUUAAAAACUUUCGACAAUCAUUUGUUUUCCUGUCCCAGCUAUUCCCAAAAUAAAUGAUUUUGUCCAAAUAGAAGUUUCCGCGAGUCUCCGUUUUCAAAGAUUACUCUAAAAGGAGUAGUGCUAGCAAUGCAUUGCAUGCUAUCAUGCGUUUCCUGAUAAUAAUCAUCUCAGAAAAGUUUAUUCCCUACGGCAAUAGCCAGGGGGAAUUUAUUUGAUCUGUGUAAUCAUGAUUUUCUCGGCCUCAAUUGAUGGUUUGAAUUAGACUCAACCAUGUACAAUCUAUGCCUAAAAGAUGAAAGGCCAUAACUACAUCACUCCUUUGUCACCAUGUUAGUGAUCAAAAUUAUAAAUGAAAAAAUAAUGCUAUAUUUAACUUAUCCCCAAUGCGUCAACAUAUAGAAAACUGAGAAGUUAAGUGAGUUUUAAAAUUACCUUAAAAGAUACACCUUUUUUUCAAGUCUGUGUGUGUGUAGUGACAGAUCAUUGAUAUAAGUAGGUGGAGAUUUUUAUUGUUAUUUCUGUCGAAGCAAAUUUGAAAAAGCACAGGAUUUGUUUAUUCUGUAGUCUGUAAUGACCCUGAGGGGACAUGAAAUAUCUGUUUUGCCUCCCCUUGAAAAAUUAUCAAUGAGCAAGUAAACAUGCGCCAUUCUCUCUCAUCUGAAGCCAUGGCGAAGCGACGGCGAGUUUCAUCCACUGGCAAGAUGUACCCUGCAGAUAGUUAUGGUCCCUCCUUUCUUCUAGGCAAUGAUUUAAUCUCUGCUAAGUAUUCUCCUUUUUUACUCGCUUAUGUAAAAGCUGUGAUGAUGAUUUAAAAAAUUUGAUCGUUGAAAUGUUGAAGCGCAGUAGUAUUAAGGUCUGUUUUAUAUCAAUCGCUAUUUUUUUGUUCACGAUUGUUCCAAGUAUCUUUAGCAUGACCUUCUUGUACUUUAACCUUUUAUACUUGAAUAAUCGUCAAAGCAAAUGUUUGAAGUAAACUUUUUAGACCAUUUUCUUAACUUUCAAUGAUUUUCCUCCUCAUUGUUUUUCUAAGCUCUCUCAAAGACUGUAACAAGUGACUGUCGAUACAAGCGGACAAACAACUACAUUUUUUUAUUUUCAUCAGUUUCUUAUCCAAUACGUACAUUUUAAGAAUAUUAAUUUUUUAACUUGCCUUUUGAAAGUUAACAAAGAACAAUAUUUAGCAACCAAGUUAAAUUUUUCUAAGAGACAAACCUUCACGACCAAAGAACAACUUCUCAGUCAGUUGAAAGUGAAUUUAUUUUCUGUAUGAUUUGAAAAAAAACCCAUCAAUGUAACAUAUCCUGCUGGAUAGCGUUUGGUUGUUCAAUCAAUAAUAAUCAUUCUGUAUUUUUAAAUCAUGCUUCAAUUUGAAAUGUUUAGGAGAAAAAAAAUGCAUCCUCAUUUUCUGUUCUUACCUUAUCAUGCCUAUUUUCUUUUUUACGAGGAGGUACUCAUAAAUUUUGGGUCUCUGUGUGGGUAUAUUCGUGAUCAGAUAAGCUUGCUGAACACUUUUUGUUUCUAUUUUAGAAAUUUUAACAUUAGUUAACCAAAAGAGGGAAAAACCAACUAUCUAAGAGAAAAAACAGCCUUGAUCUUUCUCUCACGUGUGACUCUUUUAUUAUUUUUUAAAUCAGUUCAGAGGUUUUGAAGAAGGCUUUAAAUUGUUUUAAUUUGUUUAUCUUUCAGUCAGUAUUUUUCAAUAUUAAUCUGUUUUAAAUCCAGUAUUGUUAGUGACCUUGAUGAUUUGGAACGCCGUAAAAAAAAAAAAAAAAACCUGAAUUUAGUCAGUGAAUUAAGUAAAGUAAGAACAUGAUGCUGAAUAUGACAGAAUACCUGAAUAAUUCACUUGAGUCGUUCUCAGGUCCGGUUAAAAAAGUUAAUUACUGUUCAUUAACAAUAUACCUGGGCUAAAUGAUAAGUUCCUUAGUCAUAGACAUUUAUUGCUCUACCUGUUUUCUUCUUAAAUUUUGUAGCAAGAAGCAAGGUGUUCCAAAUUUUUUGACAUGAAUCAUAUAAACUGUAAGGCAGUAUCUAAAAAUGUAUUUUUUUCAAAACAUUGUAUAAGUAAUUUUUUCUUUUUUAGCCAAAAAAUUUUUGUCAAAUUUUCAAGAGAUGUACCGAGACACUGUUGUAAAACCAUUAAUUUACUCAGAACAGUUUCUACUCAAAUGCUUUGACGUGUAUUCCAAGUAGAGAAAAAUACCGUUAAAGGGUCACUCUUUUUUUUUAAACAUAUUGCUUUUAAUGUUUGCUCUCUCAAAUAAAACAAUAGAGACCACCCACUUGUUUCCGAGGUUUGUUCUAACAGCUUGUUAAAAUUUGUUAACACAAACGAGAAAUACUUUCUGUAUCAUUGUUAAAUGUUUUUAAGCAUACCUCAUAUACUUUUUAGAGAUCAGUUUAGUUUGUGUCCAAACUAAUUUCAUUUUACACCUGCAUAUUACCACAAUUCCAGCAUUAUGUUGGGAAACAAAUUAAUUGCCGAUAGGAGUGUAAAUGCUUGUCAGAAUACUCAACAUGGCUCUCGUUUUUUGGCUACAAUUGAUCGUAAGAUAAGUCAACAUAACCUUUAUUUUUAGCUGAAAAUGGUGUUAUUAAUAUUCCACACCCAUUUGUAAACCCUUAAUGGUGUAGACCAUUACUCUCAUGCUCAAUUACUAAAGGUAAAUACUUUCAUUUACAGAUUACAGUUUGCUUCAAAUUCAAGUCGAGCUACUACAUUCAGAUUCUUCAAUGGUACUUAAAACAUUCGAAAGACAGUAAAUUGCUACCAAGGAGCAUUUUUAAGACUAAUUUUAUUAUGACUUUAUAAUUAUACUUAUGAUUCUGUGAGUUGAAUCGUUUUAUGUCAAACAAAUCAAUUUUCCUUCUCACCGUUUCAUUUUUCUCCUAAAUAUUUUUGUCAUCAUUGAGAUCAUUUUUUAUUUUACUGCUCAAAUUUUUAUAAUUUUAUCGGAAAUUUUGUACAAGGUUUCUUGUUACAAAUAUGUUUUUCUUCUUCAUAGUCUGUUCUGUAGUGCACUUGAUUUCCUAUUUCUUUUGCUUCAAAUACGGUGUAUUUAUCUUGACAGUUGAAAUUUAGAGGUACCACCAAGUAUUCUUCAAGCCCAAGGAAUUAGAAUGUAAUGGAGGAAAAGAAAACCUGUAGUUGAGUUUAAAAAAAUUCAAUAAAUGAACUUUUUGGUAUUUCAUCAACUAGGCUGAAUCUUAAACAGACCUCACCAUUUUAAUAUCAGGUUUCUUUAUUAUAAUUUUUGUUUUUGUUUUGUGAUCUCAUGUUUCAGUUUCUAAUUACUUUUUAUGUAUGUAUUUAUUUAUUGUAAGAGAUCUUAUGUUGUAUACUUGUAUAAGAGCUGUGUUAGUAAUGUAGGUUUAAUGAUUACCGUCAGAAUUAAAGCAGUUUAUUUUUUUUAAA